UGACAUGAGGCCGGAAAGAAAUGAGCGCCGGCGAACUGAGGCAAAAGCUCAAUUAGAACGCAUGCGUCGUUACGCCGUUCCGGUGCGGGGACUCUCCGCACUGGGCGGGAAUUCUGGAGAUCUUGCGGGCGGUAGCGCGCGAGUUUUUCAAUCCCCGUUGUUUCACUCCGUUAGUUUUUGAGUCGGCGGAUCGCAGCCAUGAGCCUCUGGGUGGACAAAUACCGGCCGACCUCGCUCUGCAAAGUAGAUUAUCACCGAGAGCAGGCGGCGGAGCUUCGCAAUCUGACUUGAUCCUUCUGAUGCUAGAUGAUAUUUCAAAUCUUAUUUAUGGAGAUGUAAUACAUCCCAGGAUAACUGUUUAUGCCUCUAUACAAGGUUGUGUCGUGCCAAAGAUGAAAUACAAACACAUUGUAUACUUCCAGAAUAAAAUUUGAAAGUGCUUUGUUGCAAAGCUAGGUUCAGUGUGGUGAUUUUCCUCAUCUCUUAGUUUAUGGGCCUUCGGGAGCUGGAAAGAAGACAAGAAUAAUGUGUUUACUAAGAGAGCUGUAUGGUUCUGGAGUAGAAAAACUGAGGAUUGAACAUCAAACUAUAACAGCACCCUCUAAAAAGAAAAUUGAAAUCAGCACUAUUGCAAGCAACUACCAUCUUGAAGUUAAUCCAAGCGAUGCAGGUAACAGUGACCGAGUUGUAAUACAGGAGUUGCUGAAGACAGUUGCACAGUCACAACAACUUGAGACAAAUACUCAACGUGAUUUUAAAGUGGUGCUGUUGACGGAAGUGGACAAGCUUACAAAGGAUGCUCAGCAUGCGUUGCGAAGAACAAUGGAGAAGUAUAUGGCCACCUGCAGAUUAAUUCUUUGUUGCAAUUCUACAUCAAAAGUCAUUGCACCUAUCAGGAGCAGAUGCCUUGCAGUGCGAGUCCCUGCUCCAAGUAUUGGAGAUAUCUGUACCAUUUUAUCAAAUGUUUGCAAGAAGGAAGGCCUGACUCUCCCUCAAGAAUUGGCUCGGAGAAUUGCUGAAAAAUCUGGGAGGAAUCUCAGAAAGGCUCUUCUGAUGUGUGAGGCAUGCAGAGUACAGCAGCUUCCUUUCACGCCUGAUCAAGACAUUUCUGAGUCUGACUGGGAAGUAUAUCUGAGAGAGACAGCCAAUGCUAUUGUCAGUCAGCAGACACCCCAGAGACUAUUUGAAAUCCGUGGGCGACUUUAUGAACUUUUAACUCAUUGUAUUCCUGCAGAUAUUAUAAUAAAGGGCCUUUUGUCUGAACUUCUGAACAACUGUGAUGGGCAACUAAAAGGAGAAGUCGCACAAAUGGCAGCUUUCUAUGAGCAUCGAUUACAACUGGGCAACAAAGCUAUUUAUCACCUGGAAGCAUUUGUAGCCAAAUUCAUGGCCCUUUAUAAAAAAUUUAUGGAAGAUGGACUUGAAGCUAUGAUAUUCUAAUGCAUAGCUUUGAGAAUACUUAUCAUUUGUGAUUCUGAACUGCAAAUCACAAGAAUUUGAUCUAAGAUACAAGAAUGUAUCUAUGCAAUAAAAUCAAAAUUGUUAAAUUUCA